GCUGUAUUUGGCCUGGUUCGCAAACCUUCGAAUAUUCUCAUUUCUAUAGGAGUUAGGGUUACGGUUUUUGAGUCGAGGUCUCGAGAAAGAGGGGGAGCAGAUAUCACAGGGAAGGAUCAAUGGCGUCUAAGGUUUCUCUCAAGUCUGCAAAAGGCAAGUCUGCGAAAGGCUCAAAGUCCUCUGAGGAUCGAUCGACAGCUAAGUGCUUGAAGGAAUGGAGCACUUGGGCGAUGAAGAAGGCGAAAGUAAUCACUCACUACGGUUUUAUUCCGCUCGUGAUCAUCAUCGGUAUGAAUUCAGAGCCGAAACCACAACUCUAUCAGCUCUUAAGUCCUGUAUAAAUCGUCAUCUGGGUUUCCCUGAUGAGGAAGUUGGUCCAAUAGGAUGAUUUCGAUCGUUUCUCGUUGGUGGGUCGGUUCCUAUUUGUCCAAUCUACAUGAACUGAAUCAGUUUUUGUUAUUUUCUUCCUCUUUUUUUCUUGUAGUGGUGUUUUCCUACAUGCAACAUUAAUAGAUCGCAUUUUUGUUUAA